CCGCAGCUGCAACAUUUUAAUCAUAUCACGUGAUCAUGAUCGAAAACCACGUGACAUCCACCAGUGGCGAUUUUCAUCUAUCACACGACGUCGUUGAGCACCCUAUCUGCUUCUUCCGCGAUUUUCAUUUUUUCUGCAGCUGGAACUUUUGCUGGUACUUGUCUAGUCGUCUUCUCCUCUCGUUCUGUAUCAACACAAACGACGGCGUUGAGAGCUCCUCCGGUCCGCAUAUACACUUGGGCAAAUGUCUUUGGUUUGUAGCUCUAGGCUAAUAAGCAGAGAUUAUGGGGUUUGCUUAAUUUCUCCAACCCCGUCGUCGUCCUCUUUCGCAACAUAUACGACGUUUUCGUUUUCAUUGGGGCAUCCUGUACUAUUUAAUAAGUUCCCACCAAUACCAUGUCGUCGACCACCCUUGUCUUCUUCCUCGCCGUCGAGGAGACGAACCCUAGUUUGUUCCAAGUCAUCUGAAGAAGAAGAAGAAGAGGUAUCCUCUGGUGGAACACAAGUGGACGAGUGGUUACAGAGACUGCCGGAUAAGAAAAAGCCCUUGUACUCUCAUAGCUUGCCUUGCGUGGAGGCAUGGUUGAGGAGCUUAGGGUUUCAUCAGAGCAAAGAGGAUAGAGCUGUUUGGUUUGUGGAGAAUCCUGAUUGGCAUGCCCAGCUCUCCCUUGAUGUCACGGACCUCUACAUUAGUUGGUUGUCAUAAAUGAUGGGCGGGAGGAACUCGGUGUUUGUGCCUGUAUUGAAUGACAAGUGUGAUGCCCGUCAUUAUUGAGGAAGAAAGUUGGGAUUUUGAUGGUUGCUUGAUUGCAAGAUUCACUUAAGCUUUUCAGUUAACUUUGUGAUAAGAAUAUGGUACUAGUAUUACUUAAGAAUUAUACUCUGCUUGUCAUUCACUAUGGUGAAAGAAGUUUGGGUUGCCACCACCGCGAAAUCCUCCCAUGGUAACAUCCCUUACCCUUUAGUGCAAGGAGCAAGGUUUGAAGCUUGCUACCCUUUUCCUCUAUGUAUCCAAAAACAGAUGAAAGAGAAAGGGGUUUGUUUCGGUUUAUUGCUGCCGUUGAUGACUAGAUGUGUACUAAGGCUUUUGUUUCUCUGUAUUUCAGGUUGAGUUUUCAUAAGUGACCAAAUUUGUAUGCAAAUUGUUUUAACAGUUUUCAGAAGGCGUAACCCUGGUUUGAGUAUAAUUAA